AAGGUUUCGGUGGCAUGAGGGCAGAAUCGCAGUUGCCGGUCGAGACGUCGUCGCCGUCGUCGUCGCCGCCGCUUGCAUCAGAUUCCACGGCCACAGAAGCUCCUUCUCCAUCGUCCAUGACAUUUACGUCCUACACUGACGUGACGUCGUCCGUCGUGAUCGAUGUCCUGCAUCGUCAUGUGCAGGACACGGAUGACAAGACUCGCAACGGUAAAAGUACAACGCCGCUGUCAUCGCCGACACGCGCGACACCCGGUCGUUGGAAAAUUGCUGCCGUAUAUGCCGCCUUCAUCGUGUUUGGACUCGGCUCGUGGAUCAUGACCAACAGUGUGUUUAUUGAAACGGCGGCUCUUUUCCAGCAGGUCCCAGAGAAGGCAGCGAUCAGUGCCUACUUGAUCGUGGCCCUGCAAGCCGCCAACAUCUUCCCGACGUUGUACAUGGUCUUUAACAGCGACCAGCAGUUGUUUUCCAUUCGGUCAGCUAUUUGGGUACUCCUCGCGCUUGGCGUGGUCACUUGCUUGCUGCUAUCUCAGUUCUGGGAUAUCACGUCCGUGUUCUGGGGCCACGAACACAGCUCUGCGCUGCUGGCCCUAGUCUUUUUUGGAGGCGCUGUGAGUGCCACCACGACCGUCGUCUACUACCCGUUCGUGGCGACGUUUCCCCCCGUCUUUACAAGUGCGCUGUCCACUGGCGAAGGGCUGAGUGGGGUGGUGGCGGGUGUGUUGGGCAUCUGGCAAGACCCAGGCGCGUCCACCAUGCAUUUGUCCGUGUCCCACUUUUUCACCUGCGCAGCGGGUGUGUUUGGCAUUGCCAUGGUCGCGUACUGGUUCCUCGCCACAUCGACCAUCUCUGCCCAAGUCCAACACAGCAAAUACAACGAAGACCCCGGCGAGUUUGAGUGCAAGUUCACCCCGCCAACGAAACCGCGCACGUCGUCGUCGUCGUCGUCGCGCACAAAGACUAGUAUCAAUGGCGAAUCGAUUCCCCUCGUUUCAAAUCCCCCCCAACGGCCCCCCCAUAUAUUCCUGUCGUCGACCCACCGCCGCGACUACGUCCUCCGCAACCUGUGGAAGCCGCUCAUGUUCCAAGUCCUGCUGUGCGCCAUGAGCUUUGGGGUCAUCCCGUCCAUCAUGCCGUUCCUCGGCAGCAAGUACAUGUUCAGCGCCCAAGUGUUAAAGUGGUCGUCUGUGUUGUCCAUGGCGUGCGAUCCCCUCGCUCGGUUUCUUACAAGUUUCUAUCGCUGGUACAACGUCACAGCGUUGAGUGCGCUCACGUUGUUUUUGGGGGUACGUUGUCACAUAUAUAUAUAUAUGGCUUGGCAACGACCUCUAUAUCCAUCUUGGCACAUACCAACUGACUGUAACGUGAGCAUAUAUUGGGACUCUGGUGCUGGUUGUAUCUACCCUUUCUUUCCCUGUUGUUUCUAUAGGUGACCAUGGUGCUAUCGUCGACGAGCUCCAACCCGUUGUUCUCAACCUUCACGUAUGGCGGCAUCGCGCGUACGUGUUUGCGUCAUCUGUGUUUGGAUUAUCAUGAUGACGUUAUCAAGAUGGUUGCACCUACCUGUUUGGAUGAUUCACAUACAUAUAUGAUGAUAUACGUGUAUGUAUAGCGGUGGCGGCCAACUGCUCGUUUGUGUUUCUAUUUGCGUACACACAGACGAUGGUGUAUCUGACUCUAAAGCGAGAAGUACGCGGCAAUGAAGCGUAUGCCAAGACGGCGUACCAGUGGAGCGGGUUCAUGACCCAGAUGGGGGCCCUUGGGGGGACCGUGAUUAUCUUCCCCCUUGUCACCUACACCACGUGGUUCCAACCCUCGUACGGCGCCUGACUAGUACUACUGUAGUACUAGUACUAAUAGUACUAAACCAAACACAUAUCAGUAAUCAACACCACAUACUAACGUUACUACAAUCAAUCGAUUGAUCAUGAC